AUGGCGUCCGAGUUGAUAUUUCGCGGCCACGAGUCCCAGCCCGUGUCCGACUCGUACUCGCCCAAACCCGCCAAGCCCUGGCUCGGCGUGACCCGCCCGAUCCGCUACCUCCUCCGCGAGCAGCGUCUCCUCUUCCUGCUCGCCGGCGUCGCCAUCGCCGCCCUCGCCUUCUCAGCCAUCCCCCCGCCGCACCCCCGGAUCGCCGACUCACUAGUCCCGUCCGAGUUGACCCGGACUCUGCCGCACCGGUCAAUGUACCAGAACGGCCGCCUCCUCUCGACCGGGUUCGGUACCGGCUCGGUCGGGAAGAUCCCCCUUGGGCUGAAGCGCCGCGGCCUUCGGAUCGUCGUCACCGGCGGCGCCGGAUUCGUCGGAAGCCACCUGGUUGACCGGCUGAUAGCCCGCGGCGACAGCGUUAUCGUCGUUGACAAUUUUUUCACGGGGAGAAAGGAAAACGUGGCCCAUCACUUCGGAAAUCCGAGGUUCGAGCUGAUCCGACACGACGUCGUCGAGCCGUUACUGCUCGAGGUCGACCAGAUCUAUCACCUCGCCUGCCCGGCCUCGCCGGUUCAUUACAAGCAUAACCCCACAAAUGUGGUGGGGACAUUGAAUAUGCUUGGGCUGGCCAAGAGAGUUGGUGCGCGGUUUCUGCUAACGAGCACCAGCGAAGUGUACGGAGAUCCAUUGCAGCACCCGCAGGUGGAGACGUAUUGGGGCAACGUUAAUCCGAUCGGUGGUUCGGACAUGUCCAACGGAGGCCUCCUGAUGCACCGGUGCGUAGGGGAGUUCUACAGCGAGUCGAGGAUGUUAAGAGUCGAGGAUGUUAAGAGAGGUAGAGGUCGGCCUAAACUCACUUGGGAAGAGUCGGUUAAGAGAGACCUUAAAGAUUGGAAUAUCUUCAAGGAUUUAGCGGUGGAUAGGAGCGCUUGGAGGCUCGCUAUCAACGUGCCAGAACCGUGA